UACAUAUACGUUAUGGAGAGCUUUGUUCGUCGCUCUAGAUACGUAUUGGAAAGGUUUGUUACGUAACAGUCAGCAUUAUGGCAGAAGCAUCUGCCUUACCGGAUUGGCACCCAUCACAAUUGUCAGUUAUUGGUGAAGAUACUGACCACCAGCUUCUCUUCUGCAAGUCAACUAGUGGGGCAGAUUAUGUCGUUAAAUACACCUAUGAUGAAAAUGAACUUCGGAUAUGCGAGGAAUAUCAUUCAAGGUCUCUUCAGUCUCCUUUUUUGGUGCAAUGUCCUGGAAAGUUUAGAUCACAUGGUAUCCAUGGAUUGGUCUUCGAUUCCUCACAGAACAGAAAUUUAGGAUACAUGCUGCGCUCGAGGAAAAAUAGUUCUGUUUCAUGGUCGUUCAGAUUGUGUUUGGCUCGAGAUAUUUGUAAGAAGUUUAUCUUUCUUGAAAGCCAGCAGAUCAAAUCCAAGAUUGGGCGAAGUAAUGUCUUCUUUACUGAUGAUUUUUGUGUUCAGUUUCUGCUAAGUGAAUUUGAUGACAUUGUACCAAACUAUGUCCAAGCAUUUAGUUCUUUGUUGGAGAAGAUUUUGUCUGGCUGGCAAAGUGUUAAAGGUGGUCGUUAUGCAAAUGUAGCUGUGAGGGAAGAAUCACGAAUGCCACAAGAACGAGAUUUGUCAGUUGAUGACAAAGAUAUCUUGGAAGUACUUAAACGUGUCCGCCAAAGUUGUUUACGAGAUGGGAAAACCCUUAAAGAUGUGAAAAAGAUGUUGGACCCUGCUUGGAAUGAUGAAAGGAAGGACAAUGCUUGGCAAGAUGUUUUGAGGUUGAAGUUGGAAUCAGGACCCAGCGACACUGGAACACCUUUAAUGGAAUAUGAACCUACAAAGAUUAAGGAUGAAAGAAACUAUGAGAGCAGAACUGAUGUGAAGUCGAUAAUACGUUCCCACUCAGAGAGUGAUCAAAAAGCAUUGCUUGCUAUGCCAGUGUCACGUAAUAUAAUAAUUUCGAAAGAAUUUGAAUUUUCGAAUGAGUAUAGAAGCAGGCUCCAGGAUGAGGGUCGGAACAUGCUCCAGGAUGUGGGUCAGAACGUGCUUCAGGAUGAGGAUCCAGACAGUCUCCAGGAUGAGCGUACGAACAGGCUCCAGGAUGUGGGUCAGAACGUGCUUCAGGAUGAGGAUCCAGACAGGCUCCAGGAUGAGCGUACGAACAGGCUCCAGGAUGUGGGUCAGAACGUGCUUCAGGAUGAGGAUCCAGACAGGCUCCAGGAUGAGCGUACGGACAGGCUCCAGGAUGAGGAUCCGGGCAGGUUCCAGGAUGUGGGUCCGGGCAGGCUCCAGGAUGUGGAUCCGAACAGGCUCCAGGAUGUGGAUCCGAACAGGCUCCAAGAUGAGGAUCCGAACAGACUCCAGGAUGUGGAUCCGAACAGGCUCCAAGAUGAGGAUUCGAACAGGCUCCAGGAUGUGGAUCCGAAUAGGCUCCAAGAUGAGGAUCCGAACAGGCUCCAGGAUGAGGCUCCGAACAGGCUCCAAGAUGAGGAUCCGAACAGCUUCCAAGAUGAGGAUCCGGACAGGGAAUCUCAGUGUGAAAGAAUUCUAAGCACUGUGGUUAUUUUUAUUGGAGCUGUGCUUGGUGCCUUGAUUGGAGCUGUGAUUGGUGCUUUGAUUGGAGAUAUGUUUGAAGCUUUGAUGAAAAUGGCAUGUCCAUAUGUUGGGGGGUUUAUUGGAGCUAGUGUUGGAGUUAAAGCUGGAGCUAGAGAAGGAUCAGCGAUUGUGAAAUCUUUGCUUCAAAGUUUCAGGCCAAAACAGCUUUUGGGGAUUAUCUUGGUGGUAAUAAUAGCAUUCAACCGGUGGCCAAGCAAGGAUAUUGUCAACAAAUUACGUGGAGAAACUGAAUCGAAACUUGCAAAUGUCAUUAGUACGGGUAUGAACGAUGGUCUUCCAGAUAUUUUACCAACUUUAAGAGAGGUUCCAAUUUAUGACGGCCAUAGUGUUGGAUUCGAUGUAACUUUGCCACAUAUCUUUACAGUAAAGGGAAAAAAGAUUCGUCACGUUAUGGUGGUUGGUGCAGCUGGUAGUGGGAAAACUACUCUGCUUGCUAAGUUUGCUAAAUUGUCUUUGGAAGGGAAAAUAGAUUUAAUGGCUCAAAUCCAAUCAGUUGUUUACAUUCCUUUCAUGGAUUUUAACAGCAAAGAACAUUUUACCUUUGAGCAAUUAUUGGCAGAAAUGUAUUACCCAAACCACCACAAAAAGAAGGACGAAAUAUUUGAGCACCUUAACGAUAACCAGGAAAAAGUUCUCUUUGUUUUUGAUGGUUAUGAUCAAUCUGGAUUGUCAAUUAUUGAAACAACUUGUCAAAGUAUCAGUGUAACAACGAAAGCCUCUUUAUCUACAGUUUUCUGCAACUUAUUUAAAGGUCAUUUGUUCCCAAAAAGUUAUCUGCUAACUUCAUCGAGAGAAUACGCUGUUCUCGAGUUGCCAAUGGUAGCACGUCCAUCGAAAACUAUUUUGUUAAAUGGCUUCAGUUACCCACACUUGGAUGUUAUGAUGAAUUUGACUAAUGUUGGGAAAAAAACAAUGCUUCAACACGUCAAAAACCACCCUUCUGAUCUAAGAGAGCUGUGUAGGUCACCAAUGUUCUUUCACUUUGUUAGAUAUAUGCUCGAAUCUGAUCCCAAGUCUGAGAUGGUUUAUUCUUUUACUGGAGUUAUAAAACAUACCUUUACAAGAUUUGUAAGGUCGGAGCAUAUCAGGAAUGGUCGGGAAGUAGAUAGUGUUCUACAGAAGUUGGAGAAAUUGGCUUACAUUGGUUCAAUGGAAAACCGAGUGAAAUUUAACGACAAAGAUUUGGCAGCUUGUGGCUUGAACAAUAAUAGGUUAAUUUUCGAUUUACAAAUAAGAAUCAAAAAUGGCCCAUAUUAUCAUUUGUUUAACGGCACGACAGACUAUUUAUUCAUACACCAGACAAUACAGGAGUAUUUGUCUGCCUUGCAUAUCGUAAGAUCUGUUCCUAUUUAUCAAUUUAACUCCACUGUUACAAUGCAGUUAAUGAAGAAUGGCAAUUGGGCCGUGCUAAGGAAGUUCGUGACCGGAAUUCUAAUGAAUGAAAAAGUUUCUUCAGGUUAGUUUGUG